ACUGGGCUAUGGUUGGCCAUCACAGCGCAAACCCCAGUGCAGCCGCCGCUUGGCCCGCCGCGGCUGGUUCCGGAGCCGCUCCCAGACCAUGGGCGACGCCAACGACGAGCCGGAUCCGAUCAGACUGAAGUCCCUGAAGUACGAGGGCAGCUUCACCGUCCCGCCCGAGGACAAGCUGGGAAGAGGCAGAAGUGUGAAGGAAUUUGUGAAGUUGAAUCGUAUUGGUGAAGGAACCUAUGGGAUUGUAUACCGAGCCCAUGAUACAAAAACUGAUGAAAUUGUUGCUCUUAAGAAGGUUCGAAUGGAUAAAGAAAGGGAUGGAAUCCCUAUCAGCAGUUUGAGAGAGAUUAACCUACUACUUAAACUGAGGCACCCUAAUAUUGUAGAGCUAAAAGAAGUAGUGGUGGGAAAUCACCUGGACAGUAUUUUCCUAGUAAUGGGAUACUGUGAACAGGACCUUGCCAGUCUUCUAGAAAAUAUGCAGUCACCAUUCUCAGAGGCUCAGGUGAAAUGUAUAAUCUUGCAGUUAUUAAAAGGGUUGCGAUAUCUACAUGAAAACUUCAUUAUUCAUAGAGACCUUAAGGUAUCUAAUUUGCUAAUGACUGAUAAAGGGUGCGUGAAGAUAGCGGACUUUGGACUGGCACGUGCAUAUGGAGUGCCUCUGAAACCCAUGACUCCGAAAGUAGUAACGCUAUGGUACAGAGCACCUGAAUUACUACUGGGAACAAAAACACAGACUACAGCUAUUGAUAUGUGGGCAGUAGGUUGUAUCAUUGCAGAGCUGCUGGCACACAAACCUUUGCUUCCCGGAAGCUCUGAAAUCCAUCAGAUUGACCUAAUUGUUCAGUUACUAGGGACUCCAAAUGAGAAUAUAUGGCCAGGCUUUUCCAAGUUACCAUUAGUGGGACAAUACACUCUGAGAAAACAGCCUUACAAUAAUCUGAAGCACAAGUUUCCGUGGCUAUCAGAAGCAGGUCUCCGACUCCUCAACUUCCUCUUCAUGUAUGACCCAAAAAAAAGGGCUACAGCAGAAGACAGUCUGGAGAGUUCCUAUUUUAAAGAAAAGCCAUUGCCAUGUGAACCAGAACUUAUGCCUACGUUCCCCCAUCAUCGUAACAAACGAGCUGCUUCUAGUGUGGAUAACCAACAGAAACGUCCAAAGGUGUGAUACGUUGAAUCUGGUGCCCAAAGCCACCUCCAAUGUGCAACUGUUUCUUGCUCAUUGUGGCUCCAUAUUUUGUUUAUUACAUUAAAUACCCACAGCAGAAAGUAGCCAGCAAAUUUCAGUGUCAGUUGAAAAUUACUCAAGAACAGGCUACAAUUAUUGACAAAUUUUACUUUCAUAAGUUGAGUAUUUAUUUGUUUACAAUUUGUAUCAACAAUCUUGGUGCCCUAUUAUUUCUUGUGAAAGAAUGAGGAAAUCUGACUUGUUGACAAUGAUAUUUUAGUGAGUUUUACAGAUAAAAUCCCAGAACAUGAAAGUGUUUUCCAGACAACUUCUUUAAACUUUUGAAAGGCUAUGUGUGGUUGUGCAGAAUUGCUGCAUUCUAAUUGAGAUUGCUAUUUAGGAAUAUCGGUGUUCUGUGAUCACUAAGAUUUUUGAAAAGUAAGCAAAUUAUUGUUAUUGCAUUUUUUUUAUUACUAUGUUAUGCAUUCCUUCAGAUUACAUCCAAGGCCCAGGAGAAUGUGUUAUUUCUGGUGUUUUAUCCCAGCUGAACAUUACAGUGAGUGAGCUAACCUAGCCAGAGACAAUCCUGGCCAAUACAAAGUUCAGAAGAGACAAAGAUCUGAAUUAUCAAUCUGGUUCGACUAUCCAACGAUUUAAAACCAUUUAAAUUAAUACACAAAAAAUUCACUUAAAAUGCUUCAACAAAUUGUCACUUCACUUAACAACUAACGAGUCUUUUACGACGUGUAGUCAGGCACCUGACUAAAAAAAAUCCACAAACUGAACAGUUUGCCAGUAUUUAAUUGUAUUACAGAUAUUCUCAUUUAGUGUGGCAUUUCCCUCAUCGUAGUUCAAUGCUGUUUUGACUUUGACCUAAUGUCUAUUUUCAUGUAUUGAAUAGUGAAUACAACCACAUAUUUGAUUAUUCAGACCUCUGCCUGUCCUGAACAUUAAAUGAGAAAAGGAUAAUUCUGGUUAGUUACCCAAAAAACUUGUGGUGUUGUGCUAAAAUAUACUUCUGCUGGCAGAUGGGAAGGGAACUUCUAGCAAGAUCAUUUUCACAGAUCAAUGCAUUCAUAACUUCAGUGUGUGCACAUUGCAAGACGGAAAUCAGGAACACUGUGUCAGCACAUUUGACUUCCUGCUUCACUGUUGGACUCUCUUUCAGAUACAGUUAACAUCUUAUCCUUUUAUGCUAAUUGGAUAGUUUAGGACUGGACUUCAGACCCAUUGCCUGAAGCAGUCACUACUUGUAGACUGCUCCCUUUCACAGGACACUGUGGCAGCGAGACCUCCAGCUCCACACAGCUGUAAAAGAUCUUAUAGAACUUCCAUGAUAUUACAUGGUCAGCUCUCCAUAAUAAAUCCACUGUACACUUCAA